AUGCUCAAGGUGCUAAAUUGGUUUGCUAGAACGACCGCGACAAGGAUAAAGAUGAUACGCAAAGAUCCGGUAAUUUUUGUCAUUGGCUGCACAGGUACGGGCAAGAGUGAUUUGGGAGUUGCUAUAGCUAAAAAGUAUAAUGGAGAAAUCAUCAGUGCUGACUCUAUGCAGAUUUAUCAAGGUCUAGAAAUUGCGACGAACAAAAUUACAAAAGAGGAGGCACAAGGUAUACCUCAUCAUCUGAUGAGUUUUGUUGACGCAGCUACAGCUCGGUACAAUAUCCAUCAAUAUCGUGAACAGGGACUCCGCGUCAUCGAGGAAAUUAGACGACGCGGACGUAUCCCCGUUAUUGUGGGUGGGACAGCAUAUUACGUCGAAAGUUUACUAUUUCAGGAGAAUGUUAUCGAAACUCCAGGAUUAGCCGUUGGAGGAAAUGAAGAAGAUUUUCGGAAUUUGAAUAACGCCGAACUCUAUCGAAAACUUGAAGAGAUUGAUCCAGAAUCAGCUCGCUUUGUACAUCCCAACAAUCGGACGCGCGUUCUUCGAGCUAUAGAGAUCUAUCGUCUGACUGGCAGGAAGAAAAGUGAGUUCAUAUUGGAACAAAAGAAGCUCAGAAGAUUCCAAGAUCUGGGAGGACAUCUUCGAUUUCCAGAAUCAUUGCUGAUUUCACUUGAUGCUUCUAAAGAGGUGCUCGCUGAACGACUGGACUUGCGUGUGGAGAAAAUGAAACAAUUAGGACUGAAAAAGGAAUUAGAGAGUUACUAUGCUGAGAACGGCGAGAAAUUGCGGAACAGAGAACAUUUUGGAGUUCUGCAAUGCAUUGGGCUAAAGGAGUUUCUCCCUUAUUUAGAGCUGUCUGCAGAACAACGGCUGUCUGAAAAAGGGCGGCUCCUAUUUGAGAAAGGUUGCGAAGAUGUCAAGCUCCAUACUCGACAGUAUGCUCGCAGACAGCGUAACUGGAUAAACUCGCGGUUUGUUCGAAGGCAGGAAAGUCGUGAAGUUCCCUCCCUGAAAAAGUUGGAUACUUCUGAUAAAAACGGCUUCAUUGCUGAAGGUUUACUUAUAGUUGAUGAGUGGAUGAAUGGCUGUGAUUUUAAGGAAAAAGAAGGAGAUUAUGAAAGCAGCGAAGAAGCAAACAUGACACAACGAUGUGAAUUAUGUAAUAUAGUCAUCGCUGGGAAAAGAAAUUGGAAUAAACAUAUAGCUGGAAAAAAGCACAAGAGUGUUUUGCGAUUAUCGAAACGAAAACAGAAGAGUGCGCAGGUUGCGAUGGCUUGCACCGAAGAGUCACCGACUGAUUGAUUGCUUACCCCGACCCCCUUGCGGACAUCGGGAGUGAACGAUCUCGAGGAAAGCCUGUGGGAGUGAAGAACCAACAAAAAAAUCAAAAUGUACGAAUAAAGCUGUUUUUUG